AUGACACGUAAUGCCAUUCCUGGGACGGCGGAGGCUCCCGGCAGAAGAAGGAAGAACAUGACCGAGUUCCUCGGGGAUGCGACUAUCCCCAUGCAGGAUUCUCUUCAGAACCUCAGCGGCUCUCUGCCCAACAACGGCAACGACACGUGGAAGAACCGGGCUGCCAGCCGCUUCAGCGGCUUCUUUGGAACUGGCACCACCGGGCCAUUUGGGAAGGAAAUCGAUAAAAUGGAGCAACUGGAGAGCAAACUGCAUUCGUACAGCAUGUUCGGCCUCCCCAAGCUGCCCCAGCAGUUGUGCUUCGAUCAGGAUUCCUGGGAGGAGGACGAGGAUGACACCAGCCUGAGCCUGGAGGACAGCUGGCAGCAGAUCAUUGAAGUCCCGGAGACUUUGUCCAGACGUCAGUGCCACCAGCAGGAGGCGAUCUGGGAGCUGAUCCACACCGAAGCCACCUACAUCAAGAAGCUGAAAGUCAUAACAGACCUCUUCCUGUGUUGUCUGCUGAAUCUCCAGGAAUCAGGACUUCUGUGUGAGGUGGAGCCGGAGAAGCUGUUCAGCAAUGUGCAGGAGAUCAUCCAGCUGCAUCGAUCCCUCUGGGGGAACAUCAUGCUGCCGGUGCUGGGCAAGACGAGGAAGACCAGGAGCCUGCUGAACCCCAUGGACUUCCAGAAAGGAUUUAAAAUGUUUGAAUCUCUCUUUAAGCCGUAUAUCCGAUAUUGCAUGGAGGAGGAGGGCUGCAUGGAGUACAUGAGGAACCUGCACCGGGACAAUGAAUUGUUUAGGGCCUAUGUGACGUGGGCCGAGAAACACAAACAGUGCAAUCGCCUGAAGCUGAGCGACAUGUUGGUGAAGCCGCAUCAACGUCUCACCAAAUACCCCCUGCUGCUGAAAUCCAUCCUGAAGAAGACGGACGACCCUCAAGUCAGAGAGUCCAUCAUUGAUAUGAUAAACUCAGUUGAGCGAUUCAUCAAUCACGUGAACUCGAGGAUGCGCCAACGGCAGGAGCAGCAGCGACUGGCGGCCAUUAUCAGCCGCAUUGACUCCUACGAAGCUGUGGAGAGCAGUACAGAUGAGGUGGACAAGAUUUUGAAGGAGUUCUGCAAGUUGGAUCUGACGACACCCAUGAUUGGGACGUCUCCGGAGGACACAAGGCAGCUACUGCUGGAAGUGCUGAGGCAGCCUGAAGAUGAAGGAAGGAAAAGACAGCAAGAUGGACGUUUACUGCUUCCUGUUCACGGAUCUGUUCCUCAUCACGAAGCCGGUGAAGAAGGCGGAGAGGACCAAAGUGAUCCGCCAGCCGCUAUUGGUGGACAAGAUCGUCUGUAGGGAGCUGAAGGAUGCAGGUUCCUUCCUAUUGAUCUACCUGAACGAGUUCAGAAGCGCUGUUGCCGCAUAUACGUUUCAAGCCAGCGGCCAGUCGCUGUGCCGGGGGUGGGUGGAGGCUAUUUACAACGCACAGAACCUCCUGCAACGAUUACGCCAGGAGCACGUGCAGAGCCAGCAACAAGGGUCUCGCCUUCCGGAGGAGGAGGAGGACAUGGAAAGCGGGACCUCCACGCCCAGCUCACCGACCAUCCCCCGGCGAAGCAGCGCAGAUAUCCCCCGCAGUCCUUCAGACAGCUCAACAGAAACCAUAUCGGUAGUGGUGGUUGACGCCGGUGAAGACCUCUCUUCUCCCGAAGCUGAUCAAGGCCCAUUUGGCUCCCAGUCUGACGAGACUUCAAUCAGCACCACGGCAUCCUCCUUAACACCCACCAGGGAGAUGUUUGAAAGUAUGGAGACAUCGGAGGCGAGUCCAGUAGGGGAUUCCAACUACCUGACACUGGAGCCCAAUGGGUGUAGGUCUUCCUCCAUUGACAGCGCCUACGGGACCCUCUCCCCCACCUCGCUGGAGGAGUUUGUGGAACGUCAACAACAAGAACUGACAGAAGAAGAGAGGGAGUCGGUCAGUUCCCAGCGUUCUAAUUUGUCCCCGAAACUCAAACGGCGCACCCCAGUCCAGCUCUUGCCGUGCAAGUCCAAGGUCCUGAAGUCCAAGUCAGAAGCCAGUCUCCUCCAGCUGAUGUCAGUGAGUCCUACCAACCACACCGAAGACGAAACCCAACUUUCCCAAAGUAAAAGCUUGUGCGAACUUUUUAUGUCUCCGGGACCAGUACAUUUUACGGACUCCGACGGCCAAACCGAUGGCAGCGGUUGGCAUUUUGCCAAAAGGACUAGCUUGGUGGAACGUUUGUCGAAGAACGUUGAGGCGCACUUAGUAAAGCCCAGAUCCCAGUCGGACUGCACGGGGGUUCAAGUGGUCAAUUUAAGCAGCUGCAGCAGCAGCUCCUCCGACCUUUCCGAUUCGGCGGAGACGGGAUUCUCCAAAGACGAUGACAACGAGAAAUUAACGGACCCGCUGUCAGAUCAGCUGGACUCUCUCCCGGAGUUUGAGUUCGACCCGGAGUCCCACGUGUAUGGUAGCUCUUUACCCGAACAGUGUGGCGAGGACAUUGGGAGGGAACUGGACGAUGCUAGCGCUCCUGGCUGUGCCAAGAGUACAAUGUCGGAUCCUCAGAUGGCGCAGCACAGGAAACUUACCCUGGCCCAGCUUUACAGGAUAAGAACCACUUUACUGCUCAAUUCAACUCUGACGGCCUCGUAAGUGU